AUGAUGGCCCGAGUGAUGGUGGGGAUGGCCGGUGAAGUGAUGUGGGUGGUGUGGUGGAUGACCAGAGUGAUGUCCGGAGUGGUGAUGAGGAUGGUGUGGCUUUCCGGUGAAGUUCUUGGCUUCAAGGGCAACGACGAACAACACAAUGCACAAUAGAGCGGCAGUGAAUUUCAUUUUUGUAGGUUAGUUGAGACACCCAACAACUGAAUGAUGGUUUUAGAUGGGGAUGUUGAGCUUUUAUACUGACUUUGAGGUCAUAAUGAGAAACUUUUUUAAUUUAGUCUGCCUUGUUUGGCCUACAAAAUUGAGGAUACGGAAGUCUGUUUGCAAGUUUGCAAUUUGCACACCUUUUUUUGACAGUUGGAACGUGUACUAUUUCUGGUUUGAGACGUCAUGUCAAGUGUCACACGAUGUAAAACAUAGAGAGCUUUGUCAAAACUGUUGGUCCACAACCAGCUGCAAUGAAAGAGUCAUUUCACAACCAGCUGUAUAAACAUUGUCAUCCAACUACGCUUGAUAUAACAUUGUCAGUCAAGAACGUUUGAUAUAACAUUGUCAAUUUGCAAAAACGGCCGAGUUUGAUAUUGGUAUAGAUGCGUUGUCGUCAUAUUUCCUUCUCAUAGACCUAAAACAAGAUGAGCAAAUUGAAAAAUUGCAAACUAAUUUCCGUGUACUCAACCGUUUUGGUUGAAAAUUAUACCAAAAAGAGUGGGAAGAGACUAAAAUUGAAGUUUGUAGGGCAAAAAAAUUAAAGUACUAACAAUUUUGUAGGCCAAACAAGGCGGACUAGAUAAAAAAGUUUCUCAUUAUGACCCCAAAGUCAGUAUAAAAGCUCAACAUUCUCAUCCAAAACUAUCAUUCAGUUGUUGGGUGUCUCUAACCCUACCAAAAUGAAAUUCACUGCCGCUCUAUUGUGUAUUGUGUUGUUCGUCGUUGCCCUUGAAGCCAAGAACUUUACCGGAAAGCCUCACCACCCAAGCCAUCCACCACACCAUCCUCACCACCACUCCGGACAUCACUCCGGUCAUCCACCACACCACCCACAUCAUUUCACUGGGCAUCCUCACCAUCACUCUGGUCACCACUCUGGUCACCACUCUGGUCACCCACCCCACUCUGGCUCCGGACACCCACCGCACCACCCACACCACACCGGUCACCACUCCGGCCACCCACCACACCACCCACACCACUCCGGCUCUGGCCACCCACGUCCACCACGCAGCCCAGGACACGUUAGCCGUCGUCCACACCACAAACACACCACCCCACAAUAAGUCGACAGUUUAG